UUUUGGAUCUCUGGCAUCCACAGUAGUUUUUACAAGAGUACACAUUGAUUUGAAAAUGUUACAAAAUCAACACAAUAAACUCCAUCUGAGAAGCUAGUGCUCAUUUUACAUCUAUAUUAAUCAAAUCAGCAGUUAUAAGUCCACAAAAGUCUAUACAUAUGCUUAUAAAAGUACAUUCUUGUCUGUGCUAUGCUAACUUGUUCCUGACACUUUGGAGUAAGUCUGAUUGGAUAAUGCCACGAAAAUGGUAGGAAUGAGGGUCAAGCCUUUUUUAAUUGAAUGACUUUUCUAUUUCAUCUGUAUUUUCUGCUUUGAUUUAAUAUUUCAAAGCUAUUUAGUCUUUACAUUGUAAUAUCGCUUUCUUCCACUGACCUACCAAAUUUUUGACAGCAGACCUUUUCUUAUUGGGUCAAGCUGGUCUGUCAAAAACUUGGUUCAGUGUCUUUUUUUUGAGCUAAAGGAUUUAAUCUUUCAAUUUGUGUUCAGAGUGGAAGAAUAUUUGAGUCAUUUCUGAUUUAGGUAUAUCGGCAAAAGGAGCAAUUUGACUUAAUGCAUCUGGAAUUCGGAUCCACGUAAAACAUCCUGAGCCACAUUUUUCUCCCCUCGUGCCUUUUGCAAAUUUACCCUUAGACUUACCAAUUUAUUGAAAAUCUGUCAACUUCUAAUUUGCCGCCCCACCACUUCUUUUCUAAUUUCAUGACAAAUUUCUGUCAAAUUCUGUUCUCCUGUCUCUUCCAAAGAGCUAAAUUCCUUCAGCAUACUUGCCUCCUUCUCCAAUCUUAAUGAACUGUCCUCAAUAUUGGGAAGGGCUUUUCUCUGCCACCCCCACCCCAACACACACACACACAGAUUUUGUCAGACAUUUGCUGAAGACUUUUAUACUUCCGGAAAUACCCCAGGCUUUGACUUAUGAGAGAUUAGUUAAAUUGCCUCUAAUCUUGCAUUAGACAUCUGUCACCUGUCUUCUAUGAAGACAAUGUUUGUUUUUGCAGCAUAUGGUUGCAUAUUGAUACUGAGUGAAUUCUGAAAACCCACUCUUUGCUCCGUUGGUGGCAGCAGCUGGAGACCACACUUGUCCUCAGCAUUUCCGGAUUGUGGAGUAGUUAUUUGUAGCUCAUUGAGCCAAAGCUGUUUUCUUUGGAAAAGAGAAUGUUGAGGGGGGAUUUGAUAGAGGCACUCAAAAUCAUGAGUAGAGAGUGAGAAACUGUCUCUAUUGGCGUCGUCAAUAAAAUAGCCAAUGUGUGAAUAACAGCCAAUUGGCCAAUACACUGGAAGGCAGCCUGCAACUGUGGAGGCUAAUCCCAGCUAGGCAAGCAGAGAAGGAAAAAAUUGCAAGAAAAGCCUUAAACAGGGGAAGCGUAUUUAUAAUAAAUGAUGGUUUUUUUCUGUGAAAGUUUCUAUUGUUUUGGGAGCAAAUAUUGUGUUAUUAGUACUCCGUAAACACAUCUGAGUUUUUCUGCGAGAAUCCUUUUGCUCCUAAGAUGUUGAGAUGGAGACUUUUUUUCAUAUACUCUGUUAAAUAUGGAUUUGCAGACAGUACCCGUCCAUUGCAGAUUGUUGAAGAGCAAGAUGAUUUUCAACACCCAGAACAGGAUAAUGAGUGGAAUCCAUGGGAAGAGGAUGAAAAGAUGGAGAAUGCUUUCCAGCAUAAAGUUCAGCUACAGGGAUUUCAGAAACAAAUUUUACAACAUCGACCCAGACAGAAGAAGGUGCAGAUCUGGGGCAAAGCUGCAAUCGGGCUUUAUCUCUGGCAGCAUAUACUUGGUGGCCAGCUUACACCAAAUGAUGUGACAGCUCACUGGAGAGAAGGGCAACUGAAGGCUGGAAAUUUACAUUUUAGUUUCUACACUGGUCCUUCAGCAGUCCCUGGAAAUAUCCCACUAGAUACUGAGAAUGUGGUGCUUGUGCUAAAUGGCAGGGAAGAAGGAAAGAUCAAGUUUGCCACCCAGUGGUUGCAUUAUGUACAGACACUCCUCCAGACACACAAACUUCAACAUGUCGCUGUAGUUCUCCUUGGCAAUGAGCAGUGUGAAAAUGGCUGGAUUGAACCCUACCUCAAAAAACACGGAGGAUUUAUUGAUUUGAUUUUUCUGGUGUAUGACAGCCCUUGGGUAAAUGAGGAGGAUGUUUAUCAGUGGCCACUGGGAGUGGCAACCUAUAGGAACUUCCCUGUUGUGGAUCUCAACAACCUAAUGUUGCAUUCUUCAAGGCCGUACUUGUGCAACUUCCUUGGAACUGUCUACAAAGGCUCCUCCAGGGAAAACUUGUUGAAUGUGUUGAAACGGGAAAGACUCAAUACAAUGUGUCUUAUCUCAGUUCGAGAACAGUGGUUACCUCAAGAAACAAGUGAAAACUUAAAGAAGUAUCAAGAUGCUUUGCUGCAAAGUGACCUCACGCUGUGCCCUGUGGGAAUAAAUACUGAAUGCUACAGAAUUUACGAAGCUUGCUCUUAUGGUUCUGUUCCAGUUGUUGAAGAUGUCAUGACCCCAGGACAAUGUGGCAACUCAUCAGUGUUCCAGAAUGCCCCAUUGCGUCUCCUGAAGUUAAUGGGAGCACCGUUUAUUUUUGUAAAAGACUGGAAAGAGUUGCCUGCUAUUUUAGAAAAAGAGAAAGCGAUGAGUCUGCAGGAAAAAAAUCACAGACGGAGAUUGGUCAUCGAGUGGUUUAAACAGUUCAGAACACAAGUGAGACAAAAGUUUGUUGAUAUCCUUGAAAGCCAUUUUUUUUAAACAUUUGGAUCUCCUUCCCGAGAUGACUUCUAACAUCUGUUUACUAUAGUAAACUACAUUUACUUUCGCUGAGUAUGCCAAUACGUUUUGGCAUAAAGAUAUUAUGUAAAGGAACCGUUCCUUACAUUGUGAUAUCGGUUCUGUUCUCCAUGAGGAACAUUUGAUGUUAUUUUCCACCAGAGAAAGAAAAUUUGGAACAUCUGACUCCAAUUCUGUAAUCUAUACUUGUAAGAAAGUUGGAUUUUGAUUUUAAAAUAAUUCGCUUGACAGUUCAUGUCCCAUGCUUUUCUGAAGAAUGAAUAAUUUUAUCAUUUCCAGUUUAAUCAGAGAAUUAAGUCCUGACUGUUACAUGAUUCACCUGAACACACAGGAUAACAAGUCAAAAUUCUCAGUUCUUCACAGAACUGUGUACUGCUUCGAUCCUGCCCACUACCAUUUAGGCUAGGCUAUCCUCAAGGGUAAGCCUGAAACACAAAUAGCAUUAUGAAUUUAAAUGAAGUGCUAGGCCCUAUUUUAAAUUAUCACAGAAGAAUUGGUAUGAUUUCAGGCUUGUAAAGGUAUUUAAAGCCACUGCUUUGUAAGUGCUAAUUUAUUGCGCCUGUGAGAGAAAGCUGGCUGGAUUUCUUCAGGACAAUUGGUACAUUAGAAUUUGCAAUAUCUUAUAAUAAUUCUGUUUCUGCAGUCUUACAAAGCCCAGCUUUGGGAGUCAUCUUGAGCAUUCUUAGUGAGGAACAGCAAUUAGGUGAGAUAUUCAAUAGGUUUUCUCAGGAAAUUUGAAGAGUGCUGCUCGAAGGUAUUCUGACACAAUAAAAAAAAAUUCUGAUCAUUAUGUUACUGUUUUGUAGGAGCUUAUGUGCUUAUAUUACAACUAUUACUGCAUUUCAAUAAAUACAUCAUUGGCUGUGAAA